AAUGUUUUUAAUUGCAAAAAUUGUUCGAGGCCGACGACUUCUUCACCAAUUAGAACAACAAGAAGAAAAAGCAAAAGCAGCAGCUAAACAACACGAACAACGGGAAAAACUUUCUAGAGGCGUUAGUGGGGUUGAAAGUAUUGCUGUUGCCACAACAACAUUAAAUUGUCCAGUCAGAACUGGAACUUUAAAACAAAAUUUAAAAAUAAAAACAAAUAAUACAGAGGUUGAUGAUGAUUUGGCUGUUAUUGAAUUAGUUGAAUUCUCUCCAAAAAGUAUUAAUGGAGAUGGGGGAGGAAAUGGAGAUGUUGAUAUAAGAGAGAAAACUUCACCAACUUCUGCUUUUAUAUUGGACAACCAACUACAGCAACAAGAUCGACAUCAAAAACCGAAAAAGUUCGCAGUUCGUCAACGGACAGAUGUUUCGUUGCCUUCAGACGAAAUUGAAAGAAACGAGCCAUCACCAGCAGGAUAUGGAAGCAAAGCAGCAGCUAUGCGACGUACAAGCUCGAUGCCUUCAAUCGUUGAAUCAGAACAACAUUUGCUUAUGCUCGCUCAUCAAAGGCAGCAACGACAACACCAAUUGUUCCAUCACAGUUCUGGGAAUUGUUGUUUGAGAAGAGGGUUUCGAGCCUCAACCAUUCGUCAUUACAAUUACGAGGAUCGUUUUACAAAACUCCACAAAAGAGCUUUGCGAUUCACCUGGCAACGUUUAUUAACCAGAAACGGAGGGAAACGAAUCGAAACUGUAUUUGAAGAAGUAUUUGAAAGAAUGAUGCAUAAAAUUCCAAUAAUGAGAGAAAUGUUUAAUACAAGAACCUUUAUAUCUGCAAUGUCUAGAUGUGAAAUUGCUAGUCCUAGAGAUCAUGCUCGCCUUAUAGUUAAAAUGUUUGAAGCUGCAAUUAAAAACUUGGACGUGGAGCAAAACAAAAGGACUGACACGGAUAGUGGGUUUACAAGUGCUUUGUGGGAGGCGUUUGGAGAGGCGGUUAUUGAUAUUGUUGUGUUAGUUUUUAUCACUAUAUUUCUCAAAAAUUUUUUAAGGAAUCAAGAAGCUGUUCGCGAUUUACCUGGUGCUAGUCAGGCAUGGGUUGUUUUAACUGCAUGUCUUGUAGACCAAUUAAGAGCUGGAUUUGACUCUUCCUCGCGUGAAUGCCCAUUUAAACACCAUCAAAGUAAACAAAGAGAUACCCAACUUUUACUGAACGGAGGAUAUGUCGCAGAAACAGUAGAUAUAGAAAGUUCAUCAAACGAAGAGGAAGAAACAGAGCAAUCUUCAAUUAGGAACAUUCACCAACGACAUAACGACACCAAUUUAAACCAACAACAACAAGAGAAUGACCAAAAACGGACUCAAGAACAAUUAAAAAUAUUAAUAGAAGCAGCUAAUCAUGAAACACAAGACAAUAAUAAUUUAUUGUUUUUAAAUAAAAAUUCAUCAAAUACAAGAAGGAGGACAAUAACUAAUUUAUGUGAUGAUGACAAUUUUUUUUUAUUUAUUGAUGGAAAGGAACAACAAUUGGAAGGACAAAAACAUCAAAAUUUAUUAGAAAAAAGAAAUUAUUCUACAAUGCCACAAAAUUAUGAGGAUGAAGAAGGUAAUGAUGAGCAACAAAAACAAAUUAAUAAAAAAAUUAAUUUAAAAUUUAUUCAAAAUGUUGCGUCUACUGAAAUUUGA